UUGCUUCCCCCCACCCAAACCCUCCGAUAAUAGUUUAAUGAUUUCCGAUACUCACCAUCAACAUGGCGUCUGAAAUGCAAAAUUCAAAUCCCACUAUUCUGAAUACCGCGGACCUUCCAACACGCUUGCGUCCCGCGGGGUCCCAUAAACCUGGCACCUAUGGCGGCGGAUUCUUGGCCUCCGCACUGCCUUUGCCGGGAGCCCAAACAACUGACCUUCUGUCCGACUACCCACAGUCUUCGUCAGAAUCGGAGAGUGGUGAUGAUUUGCUGGAAGAGCCCAUAGAUGAACAAGAAAUUUACGAUCUUAUUUCGACCAUUUCCGACCCCGAACAUCCAAUCUCCUUAGGCGCCCUAGCUGUGGUUUCGCUCCCUGAUAUUUCCAUUAAACCUACUCUCCCGGAUGUGCCGGAAUCACCUCUUCGGACGGCUACUGUUCUCGUCACCCCCACGAUCACACACUGCAGUCUGGCCACCGUAAUUGGUCUUGGUGUUCGCGUCCGACUCGAGCAAUCGCUGCCCCCCAGAUUUCGCGUGGAUGUCCAGAUCAAGGAAGGGACACACAGUACUGCAGACGAAGUGAAUAAACAGCUAGCUGAUAAAGAAAGAGUAGCCGCCGCUCUUGAAAACGGCACGUUGAUGGGCGUUAUUGCAAAGAUGCUGGAAACAUGCCAAUGAGCCGAUCUUUAACUCCAGAAUUAUGUGCAUUUCUAUACUGGGAGUUGCAUACUUCCAUGAUAAUAUGCAUUAUCCUUGUUUAAAUUUUUUUUUUUACAGUCCCGUGGAAAUUGUGAAUUUAAUUAUGCCACGCCCAUUCCGCCC